AUGGUGAGUUCUUCGCCUGAAUAUUCAAUAACAAAGCCGGGACUGCACCAUCACCAGCGCAAAAGGGAGAAGAAGCCGCUCCGCACCUACGGCAGACAACCCUCAACCCCUGAAGCGCAAAGCGAACCGCCGUCGAAAAAACAACGAUUAUCCGCGCUCAAUCAGCAACAGGAGAAGCCAAUCUCGCCAGCGCAUACCUCGGACAAUGUCCCCAAACCCGAUGAUGCAGCGGUAACAGCCGCAUCGGAGGCAAAGACAACACAAGAUGGCCCACACCAAAGCAAAACGGAAACACGCGCCCAGUCUCCCAAAAAGAGUUCCAUCCUGAGCUACUUCAAACCAGCUCCCCCAAAACCCAAAGACGAUCUGCCAUCCCAGUCACAGGCAAAAGGGCCAAUCGCUCCCAAGGCGUCGCCAGGACGGAAACCCUCGAAACGGAAACCUCGACUCCUCAAGAUCAAAGCCACCACUCACCAAUCCUCUCAAGAAUCAGAUUCUCACUCCCUUCAACCACGCGAUCCUCUCCAAAACGAAACCCCCAACACAACAUUAUCCAGCUCAACAUCCCCCUCCCCAACCCCGGGACAAUGGAAAUCCUUGUCAAAGACACGCCCUCCCUCCAUCCAGACCACCCUCAACAUCUCCGCGCAGGCCGCCUUCUCCGAGUGCAAGAUCUGCGACACCGUCUGGAACCCGCUGUACCCUGACGACGUGAAAUUUCAUAACAAGACACACAAGGCCGUGCUCAGGGCGCAGAAGCGCAAGGUGGAUGAUUUGUGA